GUACUCACAUGAAAUUGAGUUGCGGAUAACUACCUAGAUAUUAGAGUGACAAGUUCAUACAAAAGUGGUACCGUGCUGAUCUACGCUAUCCAUAUAAAACGUCCAAUCUAAUUCAAUAAUACUCUUGUAAAACUCCAGCUAUAAGCAUCCUCGUUGGGAAGAUGUUUGCGAAUAUUCGUUGUAAAACAACCUGUACUCAAAAGUCUACUUGCUUGGCCAUCAAGACAUUAUUAUCUCAAGCUUCAAAGGUCGAUCAUCGCCAUAUUCAUCAUUUUCGAUUCAACUCCUCCAAAGUCAAAUACCAUUGCUUCUCACUUCCAGAACAAAACUUGGGUUUCAGGUUUCAAAAAGACGUCACAAGAAAGAAUUUCAGGAACAUGCCUAUCUUUGCCAAGGUACCACCAGGAAACUCACCCCCUGUUGAUUCUUCUCCUGGUCACUGGAAUUUUUGGACCAUUGGAGCAAUAAUAUUCACCAUAGCUCUGUCCUUUACAAGGAGCAAAUGGGGACCUUUGCUACAAUUUAAAGAGAAAAUUGAUACAACAAUAGAUGAAGCAGAAAGGGUUGCAGACAUAGUAGAAGAAGUGUCUGAGGGGGUAGAAAAAAUUGCAGAAGGGGCUGUGAAGCAUCUUCCCAAAGGAAAACUUCAUGAUGUUGCUGAAUUAGUUGAAAAAGUAGCUGCAGAUGUAGAUAAGCAUGCCGAAAUUGCCCAAGAUAUAUUUGAAAAGGUAGAAGAUGUGGAAAAGGAAGUGGAUUCCUUCUUUGAAUCAACCACUCGUCGAAAAAAAAGUAUUGUGGUGACUAAAGAUUCAAAAGAUCAAAAAUAGAGGAAAUCAAGGCUACAAAUGCAUGGAACAAUUUACCAAGUAAUUAUGUACGUACAAACUUGACGCUCGCAUUGGGAUAAUUUAUAGAAGAAAAAAGUAUUUAUGUAUGUAUGUAUUAUUUAUUUGUUUAUUUAUGUCAUGAUGUGUUUUUAUUGUAAUUUAAUCCUCUUUUUAUCCUCCUUAAUUCACCUUCUACAUACAGAGAAAAUUCUUCUCCUCAAUUGUUUCUUGCUUUUGUUUUUAUAAAUCAAAUUUAAUGGAAAAAUAUAUAUGCUGAUUGGCAAUAA